AUAGAUUUUGAUUGAGAGCAUAAACUAUACAUUUAUUAUAUUCGAGAGUCUCCAAAUAAAUAAAGCGAAAAUAAAUAUUGCUUCCUAAAUUUAAUGAGUAAUAUAGGGCAAGGAAGUAAUGGGGGGGCCAAUAUUAAACCUGUAGCUCGACCAAGUAUUCAUUAUCACAAAGGCUAUUGCCCAUUUGCUUGUGGGGAAUUCACAAUGGAUGGGAAUAGAGUUUCCAGAAGUAUAUCACCAAUUGGAGAGAAUUUGGCUAACACAGAAGGCUAUGGGCAAGAUGAACCUGAUAAUACUAUCAGUAAGCAUGCUCAUCCAAUAGAAGUACCUAGGAAGCCCAUAACUAGAAGGCAGAGUUCAGUUGAUCCCCAAAUAGAAAAUCGUUUUUGUAAGAAUGAGAGUGAAAUUCUUUCAAAAUCUUUACCUGCCUAUUUUCCGUCUCAUCUUGAUUUCAGUAGCAAUUCUGAAAUGGAAAACAUUGAACUACAUUUGAGUAAUGUUUCUAAUAGUUCAUCGAACAUUAUUAGAAGCAGAAGUUAUUUUGAUGAGAGUCAAAAUGAAACUGGAUCUUUUACAACACAUCAAGAAAGUUUUUAUCGUGAACAAGAGACUAAGAAUAGCUUCAUAGUUCAGACAAGCAUAGUCAUUUCUGCUUUUGUUAUGAUUAUUUUUAGUGUCAAUUAUAGUAACGUUUUAAAUAACAAGAAUGAAAUACUUCCAUCUAGUAUUAAGUAUGAUAAAAAUAGUUUUAAUCAUGAUAUGUACAAUUUAGGAGAAAAGUACAAUGUUAAUGAAGAUUCAAUUCUCCAAUUGCAAACAGGGAUAUCAUCGAUUUCAGAAAAAAAAGACACCGAUUCAUUUAUAUUUGUUUAUAACAGUAAAAAUAUGGAAUUUGAUUCCAAUGCCUUCAAUGAAUUUAUAAAUGAAGUCGCCUUGGUCUCAGCAAAAUUUUUGCGUAAUGAAAGCUCAACAGUCCGCCACAUAGUUGUAGAUACUUCCUCUCUUGUGCUACAAGAUUCGGCGGAACUUAUUACUAAGUAUAUGGAUGAGGUAGCUAAAGACGGUGUAAUGUUAAUGACUAAAAUAGACUCUCUACCAUCAUCAUUAGCUAUGGCUUUACACUAUUAUUGCGAUGAAUAUAAUCCUUUAGCUAAAAAAAGUGCUAUAUUCUUCACAUUGGACCUCAGCAAUUGUUCAGAUCAAAUGCCAACUCAUAGUCAUGUAGAGAAAUGUCUUGCAAGCAAAUGGAAGAGUGUCCCAUCAGCCAACAUCGGUCCCUUGCUAAGUAGAGUUGUUAGCGUACUAAUUGAUGUUACCAGUACUUUUUAAGCUAAAACCACUAUCCAAUUGAACUGAUGGUAAUAAGUAAUAAUAAAUAAUAUAUGAGUGCUGUUCAUUUCCUGGUAGUAGGCACAACCAUCCAGCCUGUGCCUAUUGUGAAGUAUAUAUGCAUACAGGUUUGAAAAAUGAGAUGGCCAUGAAAUGUGGAUAACAACAUUAAAGUUUUAAUAUCUAAAAGUUCCAGCAACAAAUUAAUGAAAGUGCUGAGCUUAUUUUCAAAUAUUUUGCAGAAAUUACUAAAGGGUUUCUUUUGAAAAAAGUACCUUAUAAAAAAUGCAACUUAAGAAAAACAAAAAUCAAUGCAAAAUUUACCAGCAAAAUAUUUUAAUACUUUAUUUAUAAAUGUUAUUAAAAUCGUUAUACUACAAUUCGUAUAGGUCAAUACCUAAUGCCUUUAAUCAAACUGCACAAAUAGUCAGUAUUCUGAUGCUUCGAAUUUUAUACGAAUUAAUAGAGAGUCGAUCUAACGACAGUAUGCGCUCAAAGGGUUCAGUUAACUGAAGCUGGUUGGACGAUCUAUGCAAUAGUAGUACUUACCCUACAGGAAUGUAACAUGUAUAUUAUAACAUAUUUAUGAUUGAAAAUGUUAUUACCACAGUGAACUUAUUGGGUAUUUGUUACUAUUACAAAAACAUAAUUAAGAAAAUUAAAUACCUAUAUAUAUUAUUAUGUAUUUAUUCUUGAUGAGAGUGUAGCGAUUGCAUGUUUCAAUGAAUGUUUAAAUAUAGUGAGAUUGCUUGUGAUAUAAUUGUUUUGUUUCGAAGCCAAGACACAUAAUGUUACUUACUUCCAAUAUAAUUUUAGCCUAGUUAAUUAAUUAUUUUAUAAAUAUCUUAUUUUAAAUUUAUUUACUCAGUCAGAAGUGCAAGAAUUGUUAGUAAAAUAAUGUGCAACGAAAUUCCUGUUCGAUGAAGAGAAGCUUUGAUUAUUUGCUGGGUGUCAAUCUGUUGUUACCAACAUUAAACCUUUGUCUUCACAAAAACAUUUUGAUAUUUCUAAAAUGGUUGCCCCAGAUUUGAAUGGUUCUCCAGUUAAAUUUAAUUUUAUGAAAAUAAUUGUGACAGGUACCUAAAUAGAAUCAUAAAUUGAUAUUAAAUAAUUUCCAAACUGAGUGGGCAGGGUCUUAUUUCACAUUGAAUUUAUUAAUUUUAUUAAUCAUGCAUAAUAAAUUGUGAUAAUUCUUGUUACAUUAAAUUUUUUGUAAAUACAUUAAUUUUUAUAACUUUCCCGGGUUUAUUUCUGCUGCUACUUGCAGGUAGACGUCCUAAAAAAAUUUAAUUUAACCACAGUGCCACCUACUUAUGGUAAUUAUACAGCUGCUCAAAGACCCACUCAACAUACAAAAAAAAACAAUAAAACCCGUCACCACAGCAAAACCUGGUAUAUUAUCACUUUAUUAAUAAAAACAACAUAGAGGCCGAUUGCAACGCCACAUAGUUUCCAUCAUUAUUUUAUUUCGUAAGUACUUUUUAAGUUGCGUAGUCACGUCAUGACCAACGAAUAGUAUUCAAAUAACCCCUUGAUUCCGUGCAGGUCACCGGUGCCCUACGUAGCGCACUAAAGUAAUGAUGCCGAUUUCUGUUACUAAGGCGCCGGAAGGCCUAGUAGACCAGGGCCGAAGUUAGGGGAGGGCAACCGGGGCGAAAGCCCCGGGGCCUCCACAAUAGACUUUGGCAAAAAAUCUUUCACAUGCCGACAAGUAAACACUAAUACACAUCUUUUCCUUACUUCGAAGUUUAAUUUCAGAUAACUCUUGUCUUCGAUUAUAUUUAUGACGUUUGCUAAAUACUAAGAGAAUCUACGUGCUCUGAGGAAUUGUUCGAGAUGAUACCGGCAUCUCGUUUUUACCAUCGCACCGCCCGCCACCGGAGUAGAGUUC